GGAUUUAAAAGAAUUAUUCCCACAAGACAAUCUCUAGGGGAAACAUGGAUAAAACUUGGUCUACUAUGUCUUAUGAAGAAGAAAUUCAAACAGCUCUAAUGAAAGCUGGCACACAAGACAAAUUUAAUUUGAAAAAUGAAAUAAAGAUUGAGAAUCAAGAAAUGGAUGACACAGAUUUUACGGUUCAAACAUCUGAAAAUGAGCAUCAGGAAGACAUGAUGGGACAAGAGAAAGUUUUCAAUGUAAGAACACCAACAGACGAAAGAGAGCAAAGGACUUCUGAAGUCAAUGCUGCCGCAAAUGACACAGAUAACGCUUUAGAUAAAACACUAUUUUCUUAUGUGAUGACAAAACAUAUGAAAAAUAAGACAAAUCAUUCUAAACUCAAAAAAUUAUUUAAAUGUCAAAUAUGCGAAAAAGAAUUCACCGUAUCUACAAGCUUAAAAAGACACCGGUUUGUCCAUGCUAGUGAAAAACCAUUUAAAUGUCAUGUAUGUCUCAAGGGUUUUCGUGACAAGACCAAUUUGAAAACCCACUUUUUUGUACAUUCUGGGGAAAGACCAUUUAAAUGCUUACUCUGUCCAAAAGAAUUUUAUCUGCAGUAUCGUUGGAGAAAUCAUCUUUUUGUUCAUUCUGUUGAAAAACCAUUCAAAUGUGAAGUAUGUGCUAAAGAGUUCUGUUCCUCGGCAACAUUGAAAACACACCAAAUGUUUCAUUCAAAGGAAAAGCCAUGGAAAUGCCAAAUUUGUCACAAAGAAUUCCAUCAUUCUACAUAUCUACAAAGGCAUCAGUUAAUUCAUACCUCAGCUCCUCCUAAAAGAACAUUUUUAUGUCAAACAUGUCCUCAACAAUUUUACAGUCUAUCAGCCUUAAAAACCCACGAGCACAUUCAUACUGGUGAAAAACCAUUCAAAUGCUUACAUUGUCAAAAGUUAUUUUCGAUGUUAUCACAUUUAAAAACGCAUCUUUUGGUUCAUUCCGGUGAAAGACCAUACAAAUGUAAGAUAUGUGAUAAAGCCUUCUCGCAGUCAUCAGCUUUGAAACUCCACUUUAGGAUUCACUCUGGUGAAAAGCCAUACAAAUGUCCACUUUGUGAACGGGCAUUCACUCUGUCUUCAUCAUUAAAAGCCCAUCAAUUAGUUCAUUCUGGUGAAAAGCCAUUCAAAUGUCAAUUAUGCGAGAGAGAAUUUGCCCAGUCCUCCUCACUAAAAGCCCAUCAGUUUGUUCAUACUGGCAACAAACCUUUUAAAUGUCAAGUUUGUGAGAGAGAAUUCUCUGUAUCUUCAUAUUUUAAAAAACACCAACUGGUUCAUACUAAAACACAACCUUAACGCUGGCUGUAGUUUACAAGUCUGUGUUUGGUCUGUUAAACGUUUAAACUGUACUUUUCCAGGCUUCAUGGAUUAAAUGUCAUCUUUCACUUGUGAAUUAAUAUGGAGUCAUGAGGUGACACUGAAUGUUGAAUCUUCAAGAAGAGAAUCAACAAUGCUAAAGAACAAAUGUGCCUCAAGGUGCAAGCACUAGGCUUCAUUAUAUACAAAGACACAUAAUGUUAAUAUGACUCAUAGAGUACAAAUGCCUGGUGUUUAAAGGUAAAGUACAAAGAGAUUUUUAAUUUCCUACUUUUCCUAGGCAUUCUAUGUUAUACGUCAGGCAAAGUAUAGUUAUUUCCUUUGUUGAAAGGUGAUAUUCAAGUUUGCAAUAAGAAUGUAAAUGAUUAAGAAAAAAACAACAACAGAAUUUCUUAAGACUUCAAAUGAUAUUUUAUAAGCCCAUAAGUCUUUGGCCUAUACCAAGUGCAAUAUCAAGUUUCAAAUAAUUUUUCAAUCAACUCAUCUAAUUUUAAAACAGUAAUACAUAUUUAUAAAUGUAAUUUUGUUUCUUUUCUUUUAACUAAUUUACAAGAAACAGGAAAUUAAAAGUUCCAACAGCAACUAGGAUAAACGUAAUUCCUAAUACUUUUGAAGACUGCUCAUGAUAUUAAAAUAUUUUUGUUGAGACACAUUUAAAAUAUAAAUAUAAUAAUGUUUCCAUCAUUUAACUUAAUUUAUAUAAUGAAAGCUAAUGAAAAAUAUGUUGAUAAAGCAAAAAACAAAAAAAAAAAUCUCAUCUUCUACAUGUUCUAUUUGUACAUAUUUUUAUUUCAUUCUCAGCUCUUCCUUGAUCUGUGCUUACUCUGUCAGCUCCACUCUGCUUUCUCUGUCAGGGCCACUCUGCUUACUCUGUCAGCUCCACUCUGCUUUCUCUGUCAGGGCCACUCUGCUUACUCUGUCAGCUCCACUCUGCUUACUCUGUCAGCACCACUCUGCUUACUCUGUCAGCUCCACUCUGCUUACUCUGUCAGCGCCACUGCUUACUCGGUCAGCGCCAAUCUGCUUACUCUGUCAGCUCCACUCUGCUUACUCUGUCAGCUCCACUCUGCUUACUCUGUCAGCGCCACUCUGCUUACUCUGUCAGGGCCACUCUGCUUACUCUGUCAGCCCCACUCUGCUUACUCUGUCAGGGCCACUCUGCUUACUCUGUCAGGGCCACUCUGCUUACUCUGUCAGCGUCACUCUGUCAGCCCCACUCUGCUUACUCUGUCAGGGCCACUCUGCUUACUGUGUCAGCCCCACUCUGCUUACUCUGUCAGCGUCACUCUGCUUACUCUGUCAGCGUCACUCUGCUUACUCUGUCAGCCCCACUCUGCUUACUCUGUCAGGGCCACUCUGCUUACUCUGUCAGCGUCACUCUGUCAGCCCCACUCUGCUUACUGUGUCAGCCCCACUCUGCUUACUCUGUCAGCACCACUCUGCUUACUCUGUCAGCCCCACUCUGUUUACUCUGUCAGGGCCACUCUGCUUACUCUGUCAGCCCCACUCUGCUUACUCUGUCAGCUCCACUCUGCUUACUGUGUCAGCCCCACUCUGCUUACUCUGUCAGCCCCACUCUGCUUACUCUGUCAGGGCCACUCUGCUUACUCUGUCAGCGUCACUCUGUCAGCCCCACUCUGCUUACUCUGUCAGGGCCACUCUGCUUACUCUGUCAGCGCCACUCUGCUUACUGUGUCAGCCCCACUCUGCUUACUCUGUCAGGGCCACUCUGCUUACUCUGUCAGCAUCACUCUGUCAGCCCCACUCUGCUUACUCUGUCAGCCCCACUCUGCUUACUCUGUCAUCGCCACUCUGCUUACUGUGUCACCCCCACUCUGCUUACUCUGUCAGCGUCACUCUGCUUACUCUGUCAGCGCCUCUCUGCUUACUCUGUCAGCGCCACUCAUUGAGGGAACUUGAAAAAGAUCAUGACUUCUGUGUGUAGUCACUCAUUGAACUUCUCUGUAUGUUGUGUCUGUUCUAUUGUCACGUUUCUAUACUGUGAUCUCAUUCUAUUUAUUCUGGAAACAGUGUCUGGUCAGAGUAAGCCAUAGGAGUAAGCCUUUUUUUAAUAAUUUGACUCCAUAUCCUUUGUAUUUUUACUAAUUCAUGUGAAUAGUUAAAGGGACGUAAUUAGUUAUUAUACUUGAGUAGAAGGUAUUGUAAAUAUUAAUAAUGGGGUCAGCAUUAAGGCCUUAUUUCUUUCACAGGGUUAUGAUGUAUUAGAUCUUGUACUGUUAAGGCUUAAAUGCUAAUUAGAAUGAAAUUUAGAAAAAUGUAUUGUUGUAACAUCUCAGCUUAGAAGUAACAGACAUUCCUAUAACAAAAAUAAUAAAACCUCCAGGGUAAUUUUCAUAAAACUAGUCGAACGGCUGCAUAGCAUACGCUGCUCUUUUGCAGGGCCGGCCUAAGCCACUGCAACCUAUGCGAUGGCAGUGGGCCCUUUCAUAGGACCCGCGCUAAUUCUAGGUGUAUAAAUUAUUAAAUUAAACCAUAUGUUUUCUCGUGGACUAUCUGCAGAAAUAAGAGAGGGAUCUUUCCUUUACUUCUUGCUUCUCAUCCAAACUCGAGUGAAGAAGAGAAUUAUAUAUAUAGAUUGCAUGUUAUAAAAAGAUUGUAACAGUUUUGUUAGUAUUUCAUAAGGCACAUCUCCGUUUGUUUUUGGUUACACUGACUAAUACAGGCUUAUCAUUAAAUCUCUUGAUUUUUUUUGGCAACUGCAUUGUAGAAAGUAAUUAAAAUAUCAAUUAAAAUGUUUUUUAAAGGUAUGAAACAUUGGUGUUUAUUCUUUUCCAAGGUGACUUUUCAAAUAUAUAUCUAAACCACUCUUUCGUCCCCAAGUUUUACCUUUUAGAUACACCAGGUGCCAAUAUCCAAUUUGUCAUUUUUUCUCAUCAGAAAAAUAUUUAAACUAAUUUUGAUGCUUUUGGUUUUGAUUGACUUUUAGUGUUUACAUUGUUAUAUUAUAAUGUACAAUUCAAUUAUAAACACAGAUGUAUAAAACACAACUCCAUAACAUGAACAAGAAGACCAACAGAAGACUGCCAACACACUAAUAGAAGACUUCAAACACACUGAACAUAAGAACAAGGGAGACAACAUAAAGAAAACAAAACAAACACACACCACAAUAAAUACAUUUUAAAGAAUGUAUAAAUGAUCUAAAAAAAUUAAAUGGAACAGAGCAGAUAUAACUAUAAAUCAAUUCAAAGAACAAGAAAACAUUAAUAAUAAUAUAUUUUUAAAAAAGUUACAGUACCCCUUUCAUACAUUGUGGUCUGUAGGGCAGAUGAUGUAAAGGUCAUCUGAUUAUGUGGCCUACGGUUAACGAGGGUGUCAUGUGACAAGCAGAAUGACCAACCGCCUUUACAUUUCCCCAACAAAUGUCAGGUACCCAUUAGAGCUGGGUGGACUCAAAAGUGCCCAAAGAUCCCGAAAUUGAAAAUCCCAGUCUUCACCAGGAUUCAAACCCCGGCCCCGGUUAGGUAGCCAAGCACCUUAUCAUUCAGCGACCGUGUCUCCAGUAAUAAUAAUAUGCAGGGAGAAAACAACAGUCUCAAAGUCUGACAUGGCAUGAGUAGCCUAGAUAUUUAACGAGCUUAGAGAUAUUUUAUUGCUAAAACAGACUACAUUACUUUGAAAGCAGAACAAGGAAAGACAGUUAUGUUAAUGGUUGUUGGAUUUUUUGUUUACAUUUUUGCUUGUCACUUUGGAGUGAUUGACUGUUAUUGUUGUUUUAAAUGUACUGUAAACAGUAUUUCACAAUGUAUUUAUUUAUUGAAAAUUAUUUAUUGUUGAAUUGUUGUUUGCAAGAAAUGUACUUCGAAUAAUAAUAAAGACUGGUACCAAAA